AUGUCCAACUAUCACACCAAUUUUUAUCAGCAUCAUAUUAAAACCCUGUUGAAUGAAACUGAUCGCGAAUCUAUUUAUCGACCAUGUAGAACAACAUUAUUAUAUGGAUCAGGAAAUAAAAAUAUUUCUCUUGGAAUUCCGAUGGAAGAAGUAACAAGUAGUAGUGGAUCUGGAUCACAGGAAUAUGGAGGCUAUGUAAAGAGGGUUCUUCCAUGUUCAUGUUUGAUCUACAAGAUGAGAGGUGUAAAACCACAACGUUAUAAUGAUUAUGAAAAUGUUUAUGGUGCCACAAUGGAUUAUGAUGAUGAAUUUAUUCAGGAUAUAUCGUGUGGUGAAUCAUCAAGUUGUUUUCUCACUUCAAAAGGAAGGGUUUUUACUUCAGCAAAUUCUGAAACUCAUGACGCUUCAAAAGUACCAACUUUUAUAUGUUUGUCAUAUUCUGAUACAAAGGUGAAUACUAAUGAUGGAAUGGUUGUGGAAUUGAAUUUGGAAGAAGUGAAAAAAGGAGAGGAAGACCUCAUGAGUCAACAGGAGGGAUAUGUGUUUGGUAUUCAACAAGUCUGUGUUCUCUCAACUCAUUUAUGUAUAUUAACUAAAAUGGGAUUAGUUUUCAAGUUAUCAUCCUCAGAUAAUUGGACACUAUUGGAAUUUAAGAAAAAGAAUGAAUUGGCUAGAAUUAAAUAUAUAACUAGUGGUCUCAGCCAUUUGAUGGCUCUUUCAGAGGAUGGGGAAUUAUUUGCAGCAAGUCAAUACGAUACUUAUGGGGCUUGUGGGAGUGGAAAUAUGGCCUCAACUGCUACUUUUGAAACCUACCAACCACAUAUUCCAUUAGAAAGAGGAGAUUCAAUUCUGGAUGUCUAUGCAGCUUAUUACAGAACUCUGGUGGUUACCAAAUUUGGUAAAUUAUAUGUCACUGGUUGGGGAGUUUUUUGUCAACAAGGUAUUGGACAUGCCGAUAAUAUUUUGGCAUUUACCCUACAUGAACCAAUGGCCAAGACUGGAGAAAAGGUUAUUAAGGUAGCUUUGGGAGCUCUUCAUACUAUUUGUCUUUGCGAAAGCGGAAAUUGUUGGGCAUUUGGAUACAAUUCCUAUAGACAAUGUGGAAGUGAGAGUGAGGUAGACCAUCAUCCAUUACCAGUCUUGAUCGAAUUGCCAAAGAAGAUCAAGGACAUCUUUUGUGGAUGGCACUUUUCGAUUCUCCAAACAGUUGAUGGAGAAUUCUUAGGAGCUGGUUCCAACAGUGCUGGAGAAUUGUGCUCUAUCAGCAAUAUCAGCGCAAUUAACAAAUUUACGCCUCUCCAAUUACCAAAACCACCAAUUACAACUUCUCAAAUGGUAUGGCGAAUCUUCACCAGCUCCUUCUCCUCCAAUAUUUUCUUUAUGGUACGAUUGGAAAACAGUAAGAGAACUCAAUGGAUGCGACAAAACAUGAAAAGACUGAUUCAAAACAAGGACAUUGUGGCAGGCCAUCCCCUCUUUGAUAUUGAAAUAUUACAUUAAAACCAUCCAACAGCAGUGAACACGGGAAGGAAGGAAACAAAUGAACCUUUUUAGCCUUUCCAAAUACUAAACAGAAAGUGUAUAAAUUGAAUUACUGUAACCCUUUCUAUGAGAUUGGUAUUGAAUUGGCUAAAAAAGGAAUGGUUGUAUUGACCAACGAUAAGAGAGGAUGCUGUCUUCCCCAAUUUCCAGAAUGUUUUGAAUAUUCAUCCUUCCAAACAAUGCGAAAUGAAUUGUUAACAAGCAACUCUCUUCCAUUUGUUUGCUCAUUGAACACACCAACCGAUUACAAUAUUCCAAAUGAUAACUAUAAGAAUUUGUAAAGAUUAUUUUAACAGAGACCAAAUUCAUUCCUCAAGUAUUGGAAAAUCUCACUCAUUUCGAUAGCCCAAGUGAUUUGAGUGAUGGCAAGAUUGAAAAACGUGUAUUGGAUCUAAUUUCAUUUUGUUUACUAAAAAGAAAUUAAAUAAUACAUUAAAUUCU